UCAUGCUUGUAUAGUAAACAACGAAAGCAAGAACGUAGUCGGACUUUCUUUCCCCACCGCGCCAUCCCAAGGACAGGAACUUCUAUAAACUGUGUUUGAAUACACAUUAUAUUCUCGGAAGCAGAAGCAUCAGACUGUCUUGUGAAUUCUGACAGAUUAUUACACUGUUAUGGCUGAUAACACAGAAAUUGAGGGAGAGACGAGUGGAACACCCGAGAUGCAAGAGCCUACCUCUCGUCCCCCACCUACCAUUGAUGAUUUAGAAAUACCACCACCUCCUCCUGAAGAAGAUACUCCCCAUCCACCACCUCCUCCAGUGGAAGAUACACCGCCAACACCGCCUCCCGAAGAAGAUGGACCUCCUUCACCACCCCAGGAUGAGGACACACCCUCUGACAUACCCUCACAAACGGACCGCAACCCUCCUUUAACAACCGGUGCUGUGGUGAUCUUGGAAGCUGAACUAGACCCUGAAGCACCCGACGAGCCACAAGAUGCUGAUAUCCAAGAUGCAUCAGAGGUUAUCGAUACGGGUAGCGCGGUGAUAGAUCACCCUCCACCGAGUGACUGUGGGUCACCUCUUCCUCCAUACAACAACGACAGCGGUGUGGAUGUUCCUUCGACGUCUACUGCUGAUGUAUCCGAGCUGGAAGGGAAGGAACUGCAAAGAGAGUUUGAUGAGAUCCAAAUAGAAGGCACUGAGGAUGAUAUUGAGAGCUCCAACGGUAUCCACAACGCCAGCACACUCCCGUCAAAGCGACCGAUGGCGGAGGCGACGACACCAAACACUAACCAGCACUCAAAGGUUACAGGGUACAUCGAGAUGUCCCCCGAAGAAACGAAAGCGGAAAUGAAACGGGUUAAGACGUACAGACGGGAAUCCAUCAUGUGGGUCACGAUCUUCUUUCUCAUCGCCGGAGCCAUUGCUGUCAUUUUCUACUUUGCAUACAACAUUACACAACUCUCUGACGGUGAGAAAGGGAUAAGUUUAAACAAUUGAAAAUACGUUUGUCCA